AUGCUGAAGGAAUUGAAAAAAAUCAAUCAGAUAUCAGAUGUGAGAAGCAGCUUGAAGGGCUGUGUUAGGAUGCUUAUAGAUGCUAAGUACGUAGUUUUAGCUGGGUUUGUAGAAGGAGAGGUCAUGGACGUUUCUGCUAGAAAGUCGCAAAAGGCAGGCCGCGAAAAGUUGAGGAGGGAAAAACUGAAUGAACAUUUUGUCGAACUGGGGAAUGUACUCGAUCCAGACAGACCCAAGAAUGAUAAAGCCACAAUUCUGACUGAUACUGUUCAGCUGUUGAAAGAGCUCACAUCAGAAGUCAACAAGCUGAAAUCUGAGUACACCGCGUUAACAGAUGAGUCCCGAGAGUUGACACAAGAGAAGAAUGACCUAAGAGAAGAGAAGACAUCGCUGAAGUCGGAUAUAGAGAAUCUCAAUCUUCAGUACCAGCAGAGAUUAAGGUCAAUGUCUCCAUGGGGAGCUGCAAUGGAUCACACGGUCAUGAUGGCUCCACCCCCUUCCUUUCCAUACCCAAUGCCUAUGGCUAUGCCUCCCGGGUCAAUCCCAAUGCAUCCAUCAAUGCCAUCUUACACAUACUUUGGGAACCAGAACCCUAGCAUGAUGCCAGCUCCAUGUCCUACUUACAUGCCCUAUAUGCCUCCAAACACAGUCGUUGAACAACAGUCCGUGCAUAUACCGCAGAACCCGAGUAACCGCUCUCGGGAACCUAGAACGAAGGUUUCAAGAGAGAGCAGAUCCGAGAAAGCAGAGGACUCUAACGACGUGGCGACACAACUCGAGUUAAAGACCCCUGGAUCUACUUCUGAUAAGGAUACAUUGCAGAGGCCAGAGAAGACGAAGAGAUGUAAGAGAAACAGCAACAACAAUUCCGUAGAAGAAAGCUCUCAUUCUAGCAAAUGUUCUUCUUCUCCGAGCGUCCGAGACAACAGUUCUUCCAGUAGCGUAGCUGGUGGCCAAAAGCCUGAUGAUGCGAAAUGACCAAAUGGAAUUUGAUGGAGAUCGGAAAACGGCAGCGUCUCGAUGAGUAUAUGAAUGUGAGUACAAAACGCAGUCGCUGUUCAAAUUGGCGUUUUGAUGCAACGUUGGCUUUCUUCCUACCUAUAAGUAUAACUUGGCUGAUUUUCAUCACCGCUGAUUUGUACUCCGAUAUCCAAAUUCACUAAUUUUAAUAGUUAUAUAAAUUAAAUAAAUCUUUUUUUUUAAAUACUUAAUGUCAGAAAUAAACUUACUUUUUGAUUAUUUAUAAAUGUAGAUUUCGACUGUGGAUAAAAUAGAAUUUAUCAGCUUACGUUUAAA